AUGAGCGGCGGCGGCGGAGGUGCUCCGAGUCCCCCCGCAUCGUCAUCGUCAUCGGCCGCCAGGAGGCCCAAGUGUGCGCGGUGCCGCAACCACGGCGUCAUCUCGUGGCUCAAGGGCCACAAGCGACAGUGCCGGUUCAAGGAGUGCGCGUGCGCAAAGUGCAACCUCAUCGCCGAGAGGCAGCGCAUCAUGGCCGCACAGGUGGCGCUGAAGCGACAGCAGGCCGCCGAAGACGCCAUCGCCAUGGGCCUGCGGGCGGUGGCCACUGGCCGCUCUCUACCUUUCCUGCCCCCGGGUCCCAUCUUCGGGCUCCCCCUGGCCGCCAAGGCCAUGGCGCAAGCCAGGGGUUCCGGAGCCCGAGCCAAAGAAGCGGCGGCCAAGAGGGCAGCCCGCGAGGCCGCCAGGGCUAUGCAGCAGCAACAGCAGCAACAGAGGCAACAGCGGCAGCAGGAGCAGCUGCAUCAGGAGCAGCAGCAGAGGAGGGACGACGAGGAAGACCGUUCUUCUUCGCCGUUGUCCCCGGGACAGCCGCCGGCGCGACCACUGUCUCAACCGGCGUCCGUGGCUCCGGCGUCGACGCAACCGUCGCUGCAGUCGAGGGCGGAGGAGAUACCUUCAGCGGAUUCGGGCAGCCCGCUGUCCCCUGCUCCGCCGCUUUCCCGCAUCGCCUUGCCCCCAUCGGAGCGACCGCCGGCCGGAUUUCUCCAGGACGUGCUGCGCGGAUAUGAAGGUGGCGCCGCAAGCGGCGUCGGCGCGAGUGACUGGGUGCGCGCCUUCGAACGCCUGCACCACUCUUCUCCCGGCGCACGGUCGGCGUUCCGCGCGCCGGUUGCCGCCGCGGCUGCCGCAGCUGCCGCCGCCGCCGCCCAGUUCUGGAGGCCUCCGCCGGGCUGCCUGCUGACGCCGGCCUGCCCGCUGUUCCUACCGGCCUGCCCGCCGGGGUGUCCGCAGUGCGCGCCGCUCUUAAGCCAGGCGUGGGCGCUGGGCGCCGAAGCCGGCAUCAAGCACGAAUGA